UUUCGCUAUCUGCUUUAAAUCCUCGUCAAAACCCUCCUACUCCGCCGCUUUGCUUCUCUUCAUCUCUUUCUGCAGCAAAGCUCCUCAGACGGAAUCAAAAUGGCGUCAGAGAAGAAGUUGAGCAACCCAAUGAGGGAAAUCAAGGUUCAGAAGCUAGUCCUUAACAUCUCCGUUGGUGAAAGCGGAGAUAGGCUCACCAGAGCAGCCAAGGUCUUGGAGCAACUCAGCGGCCAAUCCCCUGUUUUCUCUAAGGCUAGGUAUACUGUGCGGUCCUUCGGAAUUAGGCGUAAUGAGAAGAUUGCUUGCUAUGUCACUGUCAGAGGAGACAAAGCUAUGCAGCUCCUUGAGAGUGGAUUGAAAGUCAAGGAAUACGAGUUGUUGAGAAGAAACUUCAGUGAGACUGGCUGCUUUGGUUUUGGCAUUCAGGAGCACAUUGAUCUUGGAAUCAAGUAUGACCCUUCAACCGGUAUCUAUGGUAUGGAUUUCUAUGUUGUGCUCGAGCGCCCAGGAUACCGUGUUGCUCGUCGUAGGAGGUGCAAGGCCCGAGUUGGAAUUCAGCACAGGGUCACAAAGGAUGACGCUAUGAAGUGGUUCCAAGUCAAAUAUGAAGGUGUUAUCCUUAACAAAUCCUCAAACAUUCAGUAAGUUGAUAUCCACUGUUGGAUCAGUUUGUCCCCCAGCAAGGUGUUAUGUUUUCUAUGCAUUUUGUAGACCAACAUCUAAUACUCCUAGAGUUCAAAGGUUUUGAAGAGUUGCUGUUAUUUGGCAUAUCAGGAUAUUAUAGUUUGUUUGCAUUUUUGCUAUCUGAUGAAUUUAAUUUUAUUAUCCUUCUUGAUUGGUUGA